GUCCCCGCCGGAAGCAGAUCCGGAGCACUUCCGCCCUCUCUGUGUAACUCUCCUGUAAUGUCGGCAGCCUCUGUGCGGUGAAGGAGGUUUGUUUUGCGUGUCCGCCUCCCGGAGCUGAGCGGGCGGCGGGCGGGUGAUGCGUCCGGGCGGGCGGCUCUGUUAGCCAGCAGGUACCGAGGCUCCGCGCCCCCCGCGCCCGGAGCCAUGUGCAGCUUCGUGGGCCUGCAGACGCAGCUGGCCGCCGUCAUGGAGGCGCUGGUCCACGCCGCCGUGGCCGAGCUGGGGAAGCUGGAGGCGGACAGCUCGCUGCUGCUGCUCGGCCUGGAGCUGCGGGGCCCGGGGCCCGAGCUGCCGGCCCGCCUGCAGGCCGAGAGCCACGACAAGAUGACGCUGUUCGCCUCGGUCAUGGAGACGCUGGGGAACGAGGCUCUGGGGAAGAUCAUGAACAUCGUGGACGAGACCAAGUUCCUCAUGGACUUUGAGCAGAGGAGCUCCAGGGGCCGCAGGAGGCCCCAGACCAGCGUGCUCAACAUCCUGUCUGAGGGCGGAGUCGAGGCCGAGCACUCGUACGGCGCCAACCCCAAGACCGCCGAGGAGAACAAAUCCACUCAGACGGCGAAGUGGGAGGAGCACAAGGAGGAGGCGGAGUCUCCCUUCAUCAUGGCCGUCAGCAUCAAAGACGAGCGCGGCCACAUCGACCUGGAGGCCAUCGCCGAGCGAGCUAAAGAAGAAGCUUUUGACGGCGUGGAGUCCUCAGGCCCGGUGACUCUCGACCUGGAGCCGCAGGCGGAGGCGGAGCCGGCGGAGUCCGAGCCGCAGGCGGAGGCGGAGCUGCAGACAGACCUGCAGACAGACCUGCAGCCGGAGGCGAGCCCGGGCUACCUGCUGCUGCAGAAGCUGGCGAGUCAGGGAUGGAAGUACUUCAUCUGCACCGAGUGCGGCAAGGCCUUCUCCUCGCAGAGCAACCUGAAGACUCACCUGCGCAUCCACACGGGCGAGCGGCCCUUCACCUGCUCCACCUGCAGCAAAGGCUUCGCCCACAAGCAGAGCCUGCAGGACCACGUGCGCACGCACACGGGCGAGAAGCCCUUCAAGUGCCCGCAGUGCGGCAAGUGCUUCGGCAAGCAGGCGCACCUGAAGACGCACUCCAUCAUCCACACGGGCGAGAAGCCGUACGGCUGUGAGCUGUGCGGCCGCCGCUUCAACCUGGCGCAGAACCUGACGCGCCACGCCCAGAUCCACACCGGCAAGAAGAUCUUCAUCUGCCCGGUCUGCGGCAAAGGCUUCACGCGCGCCGUCACGCUCAAAACCCACGAGCUCAUCCACACGGGCCAGAAGCCCUUCAAGUGCUCCGAGUGCUCCAAGAGCUUCCGCCACGCCGUCAACCUCAAGAACCACCAGCGCAUCCACAGCGGCGUGCGGCCCUUCAGCUGCGACCUGUGCGGCAAGACCUUCCGCCAGUCGGUGAACCUGAAGAUCCACCGGCGGAUCCACACGGGCGAGCGGCCGUUCUCCUGCAAGGAGUGCGGCAAGAGCUUCAGCCAGCAGAGCAGCCUGAUCUCGCACGGCCGCACGCACUCGGCCGAGCGGCCCUUCCACUGCCACUUCUGCGAGAAGAAGUUCAACAACGCCAACAGCCUGAAGCUGCACCUGCGCGUGCACACGGGCGAGAAGCCGUACGGCUGCGAGAUCUGCGGCAAGACCUUCAGCCAGGGCAGCCACCUGCGCACGCACAAGCGCCACGUGCACGCCGGCGGCAAGCAGUACAUCUGCGACAAGUGCGGGAAGAGAUACUCGGACCAGCGCAACCUGAAGCUGCACAAGUGUGUGUACGCGUGAAUGUGGAGGAGGGGGGCGGGGCCGGGCCGGGCGGGGAGGGGCGGGGCCACGCUCCUCCUCUGUGCGCUUAAAACCAGCUGUCCUCCUCCUGUGGGAUCCAGUCAGGAGGAAAUCCUGCUGGUUUGGACCCAGAAUCCCAACCUGCUCCUGAGCGUCUGGACUCUGAAGAGACGUCGCCCACAAGACAACAAGGGUUUUUUUGUUUUUGUUUUUUGGGGUUUUUUGUUUGUUUGUUUGUUUUUGGAGGAAGGAUAGAUUUUCAACUUUAAUCUCAGAGAAUCUGAGUUGUUGUUUUUGUUUUUUUUCCCUCCUCCAGCUCGGCGUCACCAACACGCCGUCACGCUGUCCUGGAAGCUGCCAUCAGGACAUUCUGAGAGCAAAUCAAAAUAAUUUAUUUGAUGAAUUGUAUUUGAUUAAUAUGGAGAUUUUGACUUUUGAUACAAAUUUCCAAGCAGGUGUGUGUGUGUGUGUGUGUGUGUGUGUGUGUGUGUGUGUGUGUGUGUGUGUGUGUGUGAUGUUGUGCUGAUAGCAGUGUGGCGUUCACCUGCUGCUUCUGUCUGUAAAUGUAAAGACGCACCUUGUUGCUUUUUAUAAUUUUAUAGCUGCAUUUUGCCGUGCAGAGCCGCACCAGGACCCCCUGCCGCGCCCCACAGGUCAAAGGUCACGACCCAGCUCAACAGAAAGUGACCUUUUUUUUUUAUUGAACCAAAUACACACUCAUUUCUCUUUCCAUAUUCAUAUUCCAAGAAAAAAAACGUCCUGUCUGUGGCUCUGCAGCCGCAGUGUUCAGUCUGCUGGAACCUCCUCAGGGUGUGUGUGUGUGUGUGUGUGUGUGUGUGUGUGUGUGUGUGUGUGUGUGUGGUCUCUUCCUCUCUCUGCAGUGUGUCCGUUUCUCAAUAAAACAAAGUGAUGAGACUCCA